GGCACACACGUAAAGGGCAUGAAGAUGAAUACAAAGCGAAAUUGCAGAGAACCAACGCCUUUUUCCAAUGCUUCAAAUUUAUCAAAUCCAGAUUGCCGUGGGGUUUGCCUGAUGAGCAUCACCUGGAAAGAUGAACAACAUCCAUCUUUCAUCAAUUUCAUCUCCUCCUUCCUCAAUGCAUAUUCUUUUCGUUUAAACUUUGUGCCAAUUGCUCCAGAUUUCAUCUUUAACUGUGGUGGUUUGUCAGUAGCUUUCUUAUUUGUGACUAAUUGGGAUUGCAACGACACUUCAUCCACCUUCAGCAGAGUUCAGAGACUAAAUGGGCAGUUUGCACACUUCUAUGUGGUUGUUACCCUCCCGUCUAAGGAGCAGAAUGAUUCUUUCAUACGCUCUUAUUUCAAAUAUGACAUGAAACUUGGCAAGCCAACGUUUGUGCCAGUACAGGACUUGGAGAUGGGCUUUGAGAAGAUUGUAAAUAUAGCACAAGCUCGAGGGAGUAAGUCUGCAAUUUCAAACUUCAUCAUACAGAAUCAUUUACUACGUUAUUUGAUUCACGAUUAUGUAUUGCAGUGCGUCGUGAGAAAUGGCUUAAUUUGUUAUGUAACUAUUGCAGUGUGUAAGCGGCAGGAUGCUAUAGCAAAAUUGAGAUCUGAGAGGGAAAAAUCAGUGCAAGGGAUGGACGUCUAUCUCAAAGUGGUCACGUCAAUUCCUGGGAUCGAUAGCCAUGACGCAAAUGCGCUGAAUCAAGCCAUUGGUUCAAUCGAAGCAAUAGCCAAAGCAUCGAAAGAGUACAUUUUGGAGAAUACUGACCUUUCAGCUGAGAAAGCUGAAAAAAUCACGAGGUUUUUCAGAGAUCCAAAGUAUUAUCUUGGUCCCAAAAUCAAAUAAUUUUUGGACUUAAAAUCUUCAAGGAAAUUGACCCUGGUAUAAAUUUGAUCUUGUCAAAAUGUAAAUUUGAGAUCUUGAAUCACUCAACUCACUAACAGCGUUUAAUGCCCCUUUGGUGUCAUUGACAUAACAGAUGUGUGAAUCCAGAUUUAAUACUCAGAAUGGAAAUUUUCGCUUGCCGAUAUCUGUAAUCUGCUUCCUGUAAUGGUAGAUUGGAGGACUCUUUAUCCUAGUGUAUUCUGGAAAUAAUAGAAAUUUUCGUACUCACGUCUUUAUGGUAGAAAAAAAAAUCCAACAGAGUCGGAGGAGCAAUUGUUAAGG